AUGCCCCACCUGCCGUUGUCGCCGCUGGAUUUCAGCAUUCUUGCUCUCGUCUGUGCACCCACGCCCUUGCCAGUCGCGCCCACUCUUCUGCUGCAAACUGCGUGUAUGGUGUGCUACACGGUGCAGCGUGGUGGUGGGGUAUACGAGGUGGUGGUGACGCUGCCGUGGACCAACGCCUUCCUGCUGCGCCAGGCCGUCAACCCCAAACUCGCCUCCGGCUUCUUCAGGUCCAAGGUCGUGGCUCAACGCAACAUCACCGUUGCUGCCGCCACCGCCCUCCAUGCCUUGGAGAACGGCACGGAUUCUACUCAAAUGAGCAAGGAGCAGAGCCUGCCGCGGUGCACAUUCAGCCUGCUGCGGGAGUCGCGGCAUGCGGGCUUCUGGCGGGGAGACACGUGGCACCCCACGGCCUGCCGCCUGCCUGCCCCCAUCACACCCGCACGCAUUGGACGUUGCCUGCACGGCAAGAGCGUCCUCAUUCUAGGGGACUCGGAGAUGCGCUACCUGUUUGGCAACCUGCAGAUGUUUCUGCACUACCGCACACGCUGCCGCUACCUCAAGCGCUACCGCCGCCAGCCCAGGGAGGUGCACCGAGUGCGGGUGAGGAACGUGGUGUUCAAGGAGGGCCCGCCUCUGGACCCCAGUAGUGGCAUGGCCUUCGCUGUCAACUACACCACCUACUGCGGUCACACCACCUACUGGGGAAAUUUCUGGAGCGGCUUCGCCCUGCAGCAGGUGCUCGUGCAUCCAGUGCGGCGCCGCGGCCGUGCGUUCACCUUCAACUUCACGUAUGCCACGCACCUGGACUCAGACGCCCCUGUCUUUGACGACUGGCGCUCCGCCAGCAAUCUCACAGGCGGCCCCAUCGCCACUCACUUUGCGCCAUUCGACGUGGUGGCAGCGUCCUUUGGCCUGCAUGACAUCACGCGCAAGAGCAAUGCAUCGGAGAUGGCAGAGGCCUUCAAGUCGGUGUUUCUGCCUUCACUCCAGUCGUUGGUUCGCGAUCCGGACGGGGUCACCUUCUUUGGCAUCUGGGCAGCGCAAGAGAAGAGAAAGCCGCAAAGAUAUCUCCAUAAGAGCAACAACGUCAGAGGGUUCACGUUCGAUGACAGUCUAGCCAGGGUGUCUUAUGAGACAAAGUUUGGGCAUUUCGUGGACCUUCAAGCGUUAACCCUUCCUAGAGGUGACAGGUGCACUGACAGCACCCAUUACUCUUGGCCUGUCACACUGGCCAUGCUUGAUGUCUGGCUUUCUGCUCUUUGUGAGGAUGUUGUUGACAGUGACACACCAGAAUCAGAACAUCCUUGCUGA